GCUGGCAGGCCAUAAACAAUCAUAAACUUCCCCAAAAAUCAAGGUCUUCAUUUUAUAAUUAUUAUAAUUGCCUGUUCCUUCAAUAAUUUAAAUUUGCAACUUUACAAAGUCUGUGUGAAUCCUCUUUGAUUAACAAAACGUGCAUAUUUGCAAUUCAGAGAUUACCCAGUAAAAACUUUAAAGAUUAUGCUACAUUUUUAACUCCAAGUUUUAUGUUAUAAAUUAUGAAAGCAGCCGAUUUCCUGUGGUGAUAUCUUCAAUCUUUCCUAAACAUUUUUCCAGGUGUACCUUCCGUUGGGGAAUAGUAUGUCAGGGGACCUUAAGGUUGCUCCCACCAAAACCACGUGUUCUACCGACUGGCGAAAGCUGCGUCCUGGUCCGACGCAGAAAUUGGCAUACAUUCUGGAGUCCAAGGAACUCACUGAUGUCACUUUUUCGGUGGGCAGCCCUUCCAACAAUGAAACCAUUCACGCCCACCGACUCGUCCUCGCCAUGUACUCCACAGUCUUUGAGGCUAUGUUCCAAGGUCCCUUGGCUGCCGGACCUGCGGAAGUUAUCCAAAUUCCAGACAUUGAACCUCAUCCAUUUAACGUAAUGCUCAAGUUCAUCUACACGGGCGAGUUUCAGGGAGAUUUGCCCGUCGACGGAGCCCUCGCAGUUUUAUACGCGGCCAGAAAAUACGACAUUACAGACCUUGAAUUGGUUUGUACAGACCACGUCAAAAAGUUGGUCAGCCCGUCGACCGCCAUCAGUAUUUUGCAAACUGCCCAACGUCUCGACAUUGACGACUUGACCAGUUCUACGAGCGAAUUUGCAACUCGGCAUUUUGAUGCAAUUUGUCGAACAGAAGAUUUUUUAAACAUCACGUUGCCAAACCUUGUCAAUUUCUUGAAAGAUGACAAUACACAUGGCCAAGAACUGGAUUUAUUCCAUGGUGUGGUACGGUGGACAAAUGCUGAGUGCAACCGAAGAAAUUUGGAACCCAAUCCGUUGAAUCGACGAUCUCUCUCAAGCGAAGCAAUCGCCUCGAUUCGAUUUUCCAUCAUACCCGUCGACGAUUUCGCCCUCCACGUCGUCCCACAAGACCUCCUCACUUCCAAAGAAUGCACUUUGCUCUUUCAACAUAUGGUGGUCGACAAGGACAAUCGCCUCAGUCUACCAAAGUUACCCUUCAACACCAAGAAACGAACGUGUUCAACCUACACGGUCAAAUUUUACGACGAGGUGGCAACCACUCCAUACGUUGACAUUAGCGCUGGAUGGUUUAACAAGUUCACGGUUGAUCAGCCCGUUACAAUUGUCAGUUUUGGCUUCUACGGUCCACACACGGCGGAAGUGGCGUCGUAUCAAGUCAGCAUCAAAUUGUUGAAGGAUUCAACUCAGGAAAUCUUGGCGGAAUUGACAGGGUCCACCGUCGUCGCCAAAAUGAAGGAAAUUUUUCAUGUCCUGUUUCCAAAACCAGUGGCAAUUUAUCCCGGGUGCAGUUAUCGGGCAUGGUUUUCUCUCAAGGGGCCGCUCACUUGUCAUGGAUCUUCGACCAAGUCUGGAGGAGAUGUGUAUCCUGUUUCGGUGAACUGCAGGGCCUUCGACUACGUCAAAUUUACCUAUGUAAUUACCGGUGCACAUCAGCUACCUGAAAUUGCUUUUCAAAUUUAGCAAGUCAAAAGGUUAAUUAAUCAAUCAAGUUGGCACACAUUGUUAAGUUUAUAAUUGUAAUUAAUUAUGUAAUUAAUUAACUGGUGUAUAUGAUUCAUUUCCAUUGUUAACAACAAUUGUGGCAAAUCCUUUGUAAAUAUAUUCAUUAAUUAUAGAGUUAAAAAUUUAUCGGACUCAGUUAUUCACGUCAACAUUGUAUGUACUUAAGUUUCCAAAUUUUAAAGUAUAUAUAUUUUGACAGGCUGGUUGAUUCGGGUUCGAAAAUUUGACAUGUUAACUUCCACUUUUCCAAAACGUGACUUUAUGAAAUUUAUAAGUAGUAAAGCCAUUUUCCAAAAGGAUACAGGGUUGACGUGAAUCUCUUCCAUGCAUAAAUACACAAUCAUGCCUUGAUUGGACCUUGCCAUUCCACAAUGUUUAAUGAGAUGAAAUUAAAUCAAACACUUUAUUAUUUACGACAAACUAUUUAAAAUUGCAAAUUAACGGAAAAUUUUACAAAUCAACAACCAGGACAAGAGAAAAAGUACCGCUAUGAAUCUCAUCAUGUCAAUAUUUUAAUUAUGAUAUAACGGGAAGCUUUAUAAUUCUAUGCACGAUAUCGUUUUCGAAUGUGCAUUAUGUGUUGUCUGUUUGCUAACUUUUUGUUAUGUAUUUCCAAAGGGAUAAAACGACUAAAAAGUGACAUACCACAUUAUGUACCUAAACAUUAACGAUAUAUGUCAUGUCCCUUACAGACAGCACGCUAUCAAUCAAAUAUUUAUAUUAUUCAAAAUCACGCCAUGCAUUUAUUUGACGUGUUAUAAAAUAUCGCAAAUAAAAAUUAUUCAUGAGCUAAAAA